AUGCGCUGCACCGCACGCUCACAAGCUGCACCGCCCGCUCACACGCUGCACCGCCCGCUCAUACGCUGCACCGCCCGCUCAUACGCUGCACCGCACGCUCAUACGCUGCACCGCACGCUCAUACGCUGCACCGCACGCUCAUACGCUGCACCGCCCGCUCAAAACGCUGCACCACCCGCUCAUACGCUGCACCGCGCGCUCAUACACUGCACAGCGCGCUCAUACGCUGCACCGCCCGCUCAAAAGCUGAACCGCACGCUCAUACGCUGCACUGCCCGCUCAUACGCUGCACUGCACGCUCAUACGCUGCACCGCACGCUCAUACGCUGCACCGCACGCUCAUACGCUGCACCGCCCGCUCAUACGCUGCACCGCCCGCUCACACCCUGCACCGCCCGCUCACACGCUGCAUCGCCCGCUCAUACACUGCACCGCCCGCUCAUACACUGCACCGCACGCUCAUACGCUGCACCGCACGCUCAUACGCUGCACCGCACGCUCAUACGCAGCACCGCCCGCUCAUACGCUGCACCGCCCGCUCAUACACUGCACCGCCCGCUGAUACGCUGCACCGCAAGCACAUACACUGCACCGCAAGCACAUACGCUGCACCGCACGCGCAUGCACUUCACCGCCCGCUCACACGCUGCACCGCACGCUCACACGCUGUACCGCCCGCUCACACGCUGCACCGCCCGCUCAUACGCUGCACCGCCCGCUCAUACGCUGCACCGCACGCUCAUACGCUGCACCGCACGCUCAUACGCUGCACCGCCCGCUCAUACGCUGCACCACCCGCUCAUACGCUGCACCGCACGCUCAUACGCUGCACCGCACGCUCAUACGCUGCACCGCGAGCUCAAACGCUGCACCGCACGCUCAUACGCUGCACCGCACGCUCACACGCUGCACCGCCCGCUCAUACGCUGCACCGCCCGCUCAUACGCUGCACCGCACGCUCAUACGCUGCACCGCCCGCUCAUACGCUGCACCGCCCGCUCAUACGCUGCACCGCGCGCUCAAACGCUGCACCGCGCGCUCAAACGCUGCACCCCGCGCUCAUACGCUGCACCGCACGCUCAUACGUUGCACCGCCCGCUCAUACGCUGCACCGCCCGCUCAUACGCUGCACCGCCCGCUCAUACGCUGCACCGCCCGCUCACACGCUGCACCGCACGCUCAUACGCUGCACCGCACGCUCACACGCUGCACCGCCCGCUCACACGCUGCACCGCCCGCUCACACGCUGCACCGCCCGCUCAUACGCUGCACCGCAUGCUCAUACGCUGCACCGCCAGCUCAUACGCUGCACCGCCAGCUCACACGCUGCACUGCACGCUCACACGCUGCACCGCCCGCUCACACGCUGCACCGCCCGCUCACACACUGCACCGCCGGCUCAUACGCUGCACCGCACGCUCAUACGCUGCACCGCACGCUCAUACGCUGCACCGCCCGCUCAUACGCUGCACCGCCCGCUCACACGCUGCACCGCCCGCUCACACGCUGCACCGCACGCUCACACGCUGCACCGCCCGCUCACACGCUGCACCGCCCACUCACACUCUGCACCGCUCGCUCACACUCUGCACCGCCCGCUCACACGCUGCACCGCACGCUCACACGCUGCACCGCACGCUCACACGCUGCACCGCACACUCACACGCUGCACCGCCCGCUCAUACGCUGCACCGCCCGCUCAUACGCUGCACCGCCCGCUCAUACGCUGCACCGCCCGCUCAUACGCUGCACCGCCCGCUCAUACGCUGCACCGCCCGCUCAUACGCUGCACCGCCCGCUCAUACGCUGCACCGCACGCUCAUACGCUGCACCACACGCUCAUACGCUGCACCGCCCGCUUAUACGCUGCACCGCCCGCUCAUACGCUGCACCGCCCGCUCAUACGCUGCACCGCACGCACAUACGCUGCACCACAAGCACAUACGCUGCACCCCACGCGCAUGCACUUCACCGCCCGCUCACAAGCUGCACCGCCCGCUCACAAGCUGCACCGCCCGCUCACACGCUGCACCGCCCGCUCAUACGCUGCACCGCACGCUCAUACGCUGCACCGCACGCUCAUACGCUGCACCACCCGCUCAUACGCUGCACCUCGCGCUCAUACGCUGCACCGCGCGCUCAUACGCUGCACCGCCCGCUCAAACGCUGCACCGCACGCUCAUACGCUGCACCGCCCGCUCAUACGCUGCACCGCACGCUCAUACGCUGCACCGCACGCUCAUACGCUGCACCGCACGCUCAUACGCUGCACCGCCCGCUCAUACGCUGCACCGCCCGCUCACACCCUGCACCGCCCGCUCACACGCUGCAUCGCCCGCUCAUACACUGCACCGCCCGCUCAUACACUGCACCGCACGCUCAUACGCUGCACCGCACGCUCAUACGCUGCACCGCACGCUCAUACGCAGCACCGCCCGCUCAUACGCUGCACCGCCCGCUCAUACACUGCACCGCCCGCUGAUACGCUGCACCGCAAGCACAUACACUGCACCGCAAGCACAUACGCUGCACCGCACGCUCAUACGCAGCACCGCCCGCUCAUACGCUGCACCGCCCGCUCAUACACUGCACCGCCCGCUGAUACGCUGCACCGCAAGCACAUACACUGCACCGCACGCUCAUACGCUGCACCGCACGCUCAUACGCUGCACCGCACGCUCAUACGCUGCACCGCCCGCUCAUACGCUGCACCACCCGCUCAUACGCUGCACCGCACGCUCAUACGCUGCACCGCACGCUCAUACGCUGCACCGCGAGCUCAAACGCUGCACCGCACGCUCAUACGCUGCACCGCACGCUCACACGCUGCACCGCCCGCUCAUACGCUGCACCGCCCGCUCAUACGCUGCACCGCACGCUCAUACGCUGCACCGCCCGCUCAUACGCUGCACCGCCCGCUCAUACGCUGCACCGCGCGCUCAAACGCUGCACCGCGCGCUCAAACGCUGCACCCCGCGCUCAUACGCUGCACCGCACGCUCAUACGUUGCACCGCCCGCUCAUACGCUGCACCGCCCGCUCAUACGCUGCACCGCCCGCUCAUACGCUGCACCGCCCGCUCACACGCUGCACCGCACGCUCAUACGCUGCACCGCACGCUCACACGCUGCACCGCCCGCUCACACGCUGCACCGCCCGCUCACACGCUGCACCGCCCGCUCAUACGCUGCACCGCAUGCUCAUACGCUGCACCGCCAGCUCAUACGCUGCACCGCCAGCUCACACGCUGCACUGCACGCUCACACGCUGCACCGCCCGCUCACACGCUGCACCGCCCGCUCACACACUGCACCGCCGGCUCAUACGCUGCACCGCACGCUCAUACGCUGCACCGCACGCUCAUACGCUGCACCGCCCGCUCAUACGCUGCACCGCCCGCUCACACGCUGCACCGCCCGCUCACACGCUGCACCGCACGCUCACACGCUGCACCGCCCGCUCACACGCUGCACCGCCCACUCACACUCUGCACCGCUCGCUCACACUCUGCACCGCCCGCUCACACGCUGCACCGCACGCUCACACGCUGCACCGCACGCUCACACGCUGCACCGCACACUCACACGCUGCACCGCCCGCUCAUACGCUGCACCGCCCGCUCAUACGCUGCACCGCCCGCUCAUACGCUGCACCGCCCGCUCAUACGCUGCACCGCCCGCUCAUACGCUGCACCGCCCGCUCAUACGCUGCACCGCCCGCUCAUACGCUGCACCGCACGCUCAUACGCUGCACCACACACUCAUACGCUGCACCGCCCGCUUAUACGCUGCACCGCCCGCUCAUACGCUGCACCGCCCGCUCAUACGCUGCACCGCACGCACAUACGCUGCACCACAAGCACAUACGCUGCACCCCACGCGCAUGCACUUCACCGCCCGCUCACAAGCUGCACCGCCCGCUCACAAGCUGCACCGCCCGCUCACACGCUGCACCGCCCGCUCAUACGCUGCACCGCACGCUCAUACGCUGCACCGCACGCUCAUACGCUGCACCACCCGCUCAUACGCUGCACCUCGCGCUCAUACGCUGCACCGCGCGCUCAUACGCUGCACCGCCCGCUCAAACGCUGCACCGCACGCUCAUACGCUGCACCGCCCGCUCAUACGCUGCACCGCACGCUCAUACGCUGCACCGCACGCUCAUACGCUGCACCGCACGCUCAUACGCUGCACCGCCCGCUCAUACGCUGCACCGCCCGCUCACACCCUGCACCGCCCGCUCACACGCUGCAUCGCCCGCUCAUACACUGCACCGCCCGCUCAUACACUGCACCGCACGCUCAUACGCUGCACCGCACGCUCAUACGCUGCACCGCACGCUCAUACGCAGCACCGCCCGCUCAUACGCUGCACCGCCCGCUCAUACACUGCACCGCCCGCUGAUACGCUGCACCGCAAGCACAUACACUGCACCGCAAGCACAUACGCUGCACCGCACGCUCAUACGCAGCACCGCCCGCUCAUACGCUGCACCGCCCGCUCAUACACUGCACCGCCCGCUGAUACGCUGCACCGCAAGCACAUACACUGCACCGCACGCGCAUGCACUUCACCGCCCGCUCACACGCUGCACCGCCCGCUCACACGCUGCACCGCCCGCUCAUACGCUGCACCGCCCGCUCAUACGCUGCACCGCACGCUCAUACGCUGCACCGCACGCUCAUACACUGCACCGCCCGCUCAUACGCUGCACCGCCCGCUCAUACGCUGCACCACACGCUCAUACGCUGCACCGCACGCUCAUACGCUGCACCGCGCGCUCAUACGCUGCACCGCGCGCUCAAACGCUGCACCGCGCGCUCAUACGCUGCACCGCACGCUCAUACGCUGCACCGCACGCUCACACGCUGCACCGCCCGCUCAUACGCUGCACCGCCCGCUCAUACGCUGCACCGCACGCUCAUACGCUGCACCGCCCGCUCAUACGCUGCACCGCGCGCUCAAACGCUGCACCGCGCGCUCAUACGCUGCACCGCGCGCUCAUACGCUGCACCGCACGCUCAUACGUUGCACCGCACGCUCAUACGCUGCACCGCCCACUCAUACGCUGCACCGCCCGCUCAUACCCUGCACCGCCCGCUCACACGCUGCACCGCCCGCUCAGACGCUGCACCGCACGCUCACACGCUGCACCGCACGCUCACACGCUGCACCGCCCGCUCACACGCUGCACCGCACGCUCAUACGCUGCACCGCCCGCUCAUACGCUGCACCGCCCGCUCACACGCUGCACCGCCCGCUCACACGCUGCACCGCCCGCUCACACGCUGCACCGCCCGCUCACACGCUGCACCGCCCGCUCAUACGCUGCACCGCCGGCUCAUACGCUGCACCGCCCGCUCAUACGCUGCACCGCCCGCUCAUACGCUGCACCGCCCGCUCAUACUCUGCACCGCACGCUCACACGCUGCACCGCCCGCUCACACGCUGCACCGCCCGCUCAUACGCUGCACCGCACGCUCAUACGCUGCACCGCACGCUCAUACGCUGCACCGCCAGCUCACACGCUGCACUGCACGCUCACACGCUGCACUGCACGCUCACACGCUGCACCGCCCGCUCACACGCUGCACCGCCCGCUCACACGCUGCACCGCCGGCUCAUACGCUGCACCGCACGCUCAUACGCUGCACCGCACGCUCAUACGCUGCACCGCCCGCUCAUACGCUGCACCGCCCGCUCACACGCUGCACCGCCCACUCACACGCUGCACCGCCCGCUCACACGCUGCACCGCACGCUCACACGCUGCACCGCACGCUCAUACGCUGCACCGCACGCUCAUACGCUGCACCGCCCGCUCAUACGCUGCACCGCACGCUCACACUCUGCACCGCACGCUCACACGCUGCACCGCCCGCUCACACGCUGCACCGCCCGCUCAUACGCUGCACCGCACGCUCAUACGCUGCACCGCACGCUCAUACGCUGCACCGCCAGCUCAUACGCUGCACCGCCCGCUCAUACGCUGCACCGCCCGCUCAUACGCUGCACCGCCCGCUCAUACGCUGCACCGCACGCUCAUACGCUGCACCGCACGCUCAUACGCUGCACCGCACGCUCAUACGCUGCACCGCCCGCUCAUACGCUGCACCGCCCGCUCAUACGCUGCACCGCAAGCACAUACGCUGCACCGCAAGCACAUACGCUGCACCACACGCGCAUACGCUGCACCGCCCGCGCAUGCACUUCACCGCCCGCUCAUGCGCUUCACCGCCCGCUCACACGCUGCACCGCCCGCUCACACGCUGCACCGCCCGCUCAUACGCUGCACCGCCCGCUCAUACGCUGCAUCGCCCGCUCAUACGCUGCACCGCCCGCUCAUACGCUGCACCGCCCGCUCAUACGCUGCACCGCACCCUCAUACGCUGCACCGCACGCUCAUACGCUGCACCGCCCGCGCAUACGCUGCACCGCACGCUCAUACGCUGCACCGCCCGCUCAUAUGCUGCACCGCACGCUCAAACGCUGCACCCCACGCUCAUACGCUGCACCGCACGCACAUACGCUGCACCGCACGCUCAUACGCUGCACCGCACGCUCACACGCUGCACCGCCCGCUCACACGCUGCACCGCACCCUCAUACGCUGCACCGCACGCUCAUACGCUGCACCGCCCGCUCAUACGCUGCACCGCCCGCUCAUACGCUGCACCGCACCCUCAUACGCUGCACCGCCCGCUCACACGCUGCACCGCACGCUCACACGCUGCACCGCCCGCUCAUACGCUGCACCGCACCCUCAUACGCUGCACCGCACGCUCAUACGCUGCACCGAACUCUCGUACGCUGCACCGCCCGCUCGUACGCUGCACCGCCCGCUCGUACGCUGCACCGCCCGCUCAUACGCUGCACCGCCCGCUCAUAUGCUGCACCGCACGCUCAAACGCUGCACCCCACGCUCAUACGCUGCACCGCCCGCUCAUACGCUGCACCGCACCCUCAUACGCUGCACCGCACGCUCACACUCUGCACCGCACGCUCACACGCUGCACCGCCCGCUCACACGCUGCACCGCCCGCUCACACGCUGCACCGCACCCUCAUACGCUGCACCGCACGCUCAUACGCUGCACCUCCCGCUCAUACGCUGCACCGCCCGCUCAUACGCUGCACCGCACCCUCAUACGCUGCACCGCCCGCUCACACGCUGCACCGCACGCUCACACGCUGCACCGCCCGCUCAUACGCUGCACCGCACCCUCAUACGCUGCACCGCACGCUCAUACGCUGCACCGCACUCUCGUACGCUGCACCGCCCGCUCCUCACACGCUGCACUGCACGCUCACACGCUGCACUGCACGCUCACACGCUGCACCGCCCGCUCACACGCUGCACCGCCCGCUCACACGCUGCACCGCCGGCUCAUACGCUGCACCGCACGCUCAUACGCUGCACCGCACGCUCAUACGCUGCACCGCCCGCUCAUACGCUGCACCGCCCGCUCACACGCUGCACCGCCCGCUCACACGCUGCACCGCCCGCUCACACGCUGCACCGCACGCUCACACGCUGCACCGCACGCUCAUAUGCUGCACCGCACGCUCAUACGCUGCACCGCCCGCUCAUACACUGCACCGCACGCUCACACUCUGCACCGCACGCUCACACGCUGCACCGCCCGCUCACACGCUGCACCGCCCGCUCAUACGCUGCACCGCACGCUCAUACGCUGCACCGCACGCUCAUACGCUGCACCGCCAGCUCAUACGCUGCACCGCCCGCUCAUACGCUGCACCGCCCGCUCAUACGCUGCACCGCCAGCUCAUACGCUGCACCGCACGCUCAUACGCUGCACCGCACGCUCAUACGCUGCACCGCACGCUCAUACGCUGCACCGCCCGCUCAUACGCUGCACCGCCCGCUCAUACGCUGCACCGCAAGCACAUACGCUGCACCGCAAGCACAUACGCUGCACCACACGCGCAUACGCUGCACCGCCCGCGCAUGCACUUCACCGCCCGCUCAUGCGCUUCACCGCCCGCUCACACGCUGCACCGCCCGCUCACACGCUGCACCGCCCGCUCAUACGCUGCACCGCCCGCUCAUACGCUGCAUCGCCCGCUCAUACGCUGCACCGCCCGCUCAUACGCUGCACCGCCCGCUCAUACGCUGCACCGCACCCUCAUACGCUGCACCGCACGCUCAUACGCUGCACCGCCCGCGCAUACGCUGCACCGCACGCUCAUACGCUGCACCGCCCGCUCAUAUGCUGCACCGCACGCUCAAACGCUGCACCCCACGCUCAUACGCUGCACCGCCCGCUCAUACGCUGCACCGCACCCUCAUACGCUGCACCGCACGCACAUACGCUGCACCGCACGCUCAUACGCUGCACCGCACGCUCACACGCUGCACCGCCCGCUCACACGCUGCACCGCACCCUCAUACGCUGCACCGCACGCUCAUACGCUGCACCGCCCGCUCAUACGCUGCACCGCCCGCUCAUACGCUGCACCGCACCCUCAUACGCUGCACCGCCCGCUCACACGCUGCACCGCACGCUCACACGCUGCACCGCCCGCUCAUACGCUGCACCGCACCCUCAUACGCUGCACCGCACGCUCAUACGCUGCACCGCACUCUCGUACGCUGCACCGCCCGCUCGUACGCUGCACCGCCCGCUCGUACGCUGCACCGCCCGCUCAUACGCUGCACCGCCCGCUCUUAUGCUGCACCGCACGCUCAAACGCUGCACCCCACGCUCAUACGCUGCACCGCCCGCUCAUACGCUGCACCGCACCCUCAUACGCUGCACCGCACGCACAUACGCUGCACCGCACGCUCAUACGCUGCACCGCACGCUCACACGCUGCACCGCCCGCUCACACGCUGCACCGCACGCUCACACGCUGCACCGCACGCUCAUACGCUGCACCUCCCGCUCACACGCUGCACCGCCCGCUCAUACGCUGCACCGCACCCUCAUACGCUGCACCGCCCGCUCACACGCUGCACCGCACGCUCACACGCUGCACCGCCCGCUCAUACGCUGCACCGCACCCUCACACGCUGCACCGCCCGCUCAUACGCUGCACCGCACCCUCGUACGCUGCACCGCACGCUCGUACGCUGCACCGCACUCUCGUACGCUGCACCGCCCGCUCAUACGCUGCACCGCACGCUCAUACGCUGCACCGCACGCUCAUACGCUGCACCGCACGCUCAUACGCUGCACCGCCCGCUCAUAGGCUGCACCGCCCGCUCAUACGCUGCACCGCACGCUCAUAGGCUGCACCGCCCGCUCAUACGCUGCACCGCCCGCUCAUACCCUGCACCGCCCGCUCAUACCCUGCACCGCCCGCUCAUACCCUGCACCGCCCGCUCACACGCUGCACCGCCCGCUCACACGCUGCACCGCCCGCUCACACGCUGCACCGCCCGCUCAUACGCUGCACCGCACGCUCAUACGCUGCACCGCCCGCUCACACGCUGCACCGCACGCUCACACGCUGCACCGCCCGCUCACACGCUGCACCGCCCGCUCACACGCUGCACCGCCCUCUCAUACGCUGCACCGCCAGCUCAUACGCUGCACCGCCCGCUCAUACGCUGCACCGCCAGCUCAUACGCUGCACCGCCCGCUCACACGCUGCACCGCACGCUCAUACGCUGCACCGCCCGCUCACACGCUGCACCGCACGCUCAUACGCUGCACCGCCCGCUCAUACGCUGCAUCGCCCGCUCAUACGCUGCACCGCACGCUCAUACGCUGCACCGCACGCUCAUACGCUGCACCGCACGCUCAUACGCUGCACCGCCCGCUCAUACGCUGCACCGCCCGCUGAUACGCUGCACCGCAAGCACAUACACUGCACCGCCCGCACAUACGCUGCACCACACGCACAUGCACUUCACCGCCCGCUCAUACGCUGCACCGCACGCUCACACGCUGCACCGCCCGCUCACACGCUGCACCGCCCACUCACACGCUGCACCGCCGGCUCAUACGCUGCACCGCACGCUCAUACGCUGCACCGCCCGCUCAUACGCUGCACCGCACGCUCACACUCUGCACCGCACGCUCACACGCUGCACCGCCCGCUCACACGCUGCACCGCACGCUCAUACGCUGCACCGCCCGCUCAUACGCUGCACCACCCGCUCAUACGCUGCACCGCACGCUCAUACGCUGCACCGCGCGCUCAAACGCUGCACCGCGCGCUCAAACGCUGCACUGCCAGCUCAUACGCUGCACCGCCAGCUCAUACGCUGCACUGCCCGCUCAUACGCUGCACCGCCCGCUCACACGCUGCACCGCACGCUCACACGCUGCACCGCACCCUCAUACGCUGCACCGCACUCAUACGCUGCACCGCCCGCUCGUACGCUGCACCGCCCGCUCGUACGCUGCACCGCCCGCUCGUACGCUGCACCGCCCGCUCGUACGCUGCACCGCCCGCUCGUACGCUGCACCGCCCGCUCGUACGCUGCACCGCACGCUCACACGCUGCACCGCCCGCUCACACGCUGCACCGCCCGCUCACACGCUGCACCGCCCGCUCACACGCUGCACCGCCCGCUCACACGCUGCACCGCCCGCUCAUACGCUGCACCGCCCGCUCAUACGCUGCACCGCCCGCUCAUACGCUGCACCGCCCGCUCAUACGCUGCACCGCCCGCUCAUACGCUGCACCGCCCGCUCAUACGCUGCACCGCCUGCUCAUACGCUGCACCGCACGCUCAUACGCUGCACCGCACGCUCACACGCUGCACCGCCCGCUCACACGCUGCACCGCCCGCUCAUACGCUGCACCGCACCCUCAUACGCUGCACCGCACGCUCAUACGCUGCACCGCACCCUCACACGCUGCACCGCACCCUCACAUGCUGCACCGCCCCCUCACACGCUGCACCGCCCGCUCGUACGCUGCACCGCCCCCUCAUACGCUGCACCGCACCCUCGUACACUGCACCGCACGCUCGUACGCUGCACCGCCCGCUCGUACGCUGCACCGCCCGCUCGUACGCUGCACCCCACGCUCAUACGCUGCACCGCCCGCUCAUACGCUGCACCGCACCCUCAUACGCUGCACCGCACGCACAUACGCUGCACCGCACGCUCAUACGCUGCACCGCACGCUCACACGCUGCACCGCCCGCUCACACGCUGCACCGCACCCUCAUACGCUGCACCGCACGCUCAUACGCUGCACCGCACGCUCAUACGCUGCACCGCCCGCUCAUACGCUGCACCGCCCGCUCAUACGCUUCACCGCCCGCUCACACGCUGCACCGCACGCUCACACGCUGCACCGCCCGCUCAUACGCUGCACCGCACCCUCAUACGCUGCACCGCACGCUCAUACGCUGCACCGCCCGCUCAUACGCUGCACCGCAAGCACAUACGCUGCACCACACGCGCAUACGCUGCACCACACGCGCAUGCACUUCACCGCCCGCUCACACGCUGCACCGCCCGCUCACACGCUGCACCGCCCGCUCACACGCUGCACUGCCCGCUCAUACGCUGCAUCGCCCGCUCAUACGCUGCACCCCACGCUCAUACGCUGCACCGCCCGCUCAUACGCUGCACCGCCCGCUCAUACGCUGCACCGCCGGCUCAUACGCUGCACCGCCCGCUCAUACGCUGCACCGCACGCUCAUACCCUGCACCGCCCGCUCAUACCCUGCACCGCACGCUCACACGCUGCACCGCCCGCUCACACGCUGCACCGCCCGCUCACACGCUGCGCCGCCCGCUCACACGCUGCACCGCCCGCUCACACGCUGCACCGCACGCUCAUACGCUGCACCGCCCGCUCACACGCUGCACCGCACGCUCACACGCUGCACCGCCCGCUCACACGCUGCACCGCCCGCUCAUACGCUGCACCGCCCUCUCAUACGCUGCACCGCCCUGCAAGGACUACUGUGGGUGGGGCAGGGGUGUGGAGGAAAGAAGGGGGGGGAGGGAGUGCGGUUCGAGGGGCGGCUUGAAUGGGGGGUGAGGGGGUUAGUAAGAGGGGACGCCGCGGCCACCCCCCCACCUCCUCUCCUCAUCCCUCACUCACCUCCUUAG